UGUCCGAUAAAUGUGAAAAGGAGCCUACAGCGAGAGAAAAUGGGGUUAUUCGACCGUUUAGCGAACCUCUUAGGGCUUAGGAAAAAAGAAGUAAACGUUUUAGUAGUGGGCCUUAACAACAGUGGUAAGUCGACGGUCAUAAAUAAUUUCAAACGCGAGGAUGACCGUUGCAUAGACAUAGUACCCACUGUCGGGUUUAAUGUCGAAAAAUUCGCAUUUAAGAAUGUCAGUUUCACCGCAUUCGAUAUGUCGGGUCACGAUCGUCAUAGAUCAUUGUGGGAGCAUUAUUACAAAGAUUGCCAUGGAAUUAUCUUCAUAAUUGACAGCAGCGAUAAACUGCGACUCGUUGUCGUUAAGGAAGAACUGGACAUGCUCUUACAGCAUCCCGAUGUGGCAGGACGUAAACUACCCAUCCUCUUCCUAGCGAACAAGAUGGAUCUGCCUGAUUCCUUGACCACCGUGAAACUGGUCGCUGGACUGGGGCUCGAGCGAAUACAGAAUAAACCCUGGCACAUCCGGGCGACAAACGCGUUGACCGGCGAAGGUCUGCAGCCGGCGAUCGAGUGGUUGACUGAUCAAAUUCGCGACACAUACAUUAAUAAGAGAUAAAUUACAUUUAUAUAUAUUGAGUUACACGACUAGUUCGACAAUUCUUGACAGGAAAUCCUCGUCGUGUCAUUAGAUCCACCUGUAAUCGACCUGUUUACAGCAUAAUUUAUUACGUCAAUUACAUCGGUGUUUCCCAUGUGGCGUUUUGCAGAUAUGCGAUUCCAUAUCGCGAAACAAAAUCUCGACGUAAAAUUAUUGUUACGAGAAAGACUCAUUAUUACGAAACGACCUAAUAGUUCCGCACUGGACCUAUUUAAUUAGCGUAAAGAAAUUAGUAUGUGAUCGAGAGUUUCACGUUUCUUAGCCAUAAGAAUCUCGUAGCGAGGUUUAAUUGGGAAACACCGUUGCAAGCUCAAUGCAGCUCCGUCCAAAAAUGCAUAGAGAAGUGUCCUUGUAUGUAUUAUAUUACAACACGUGUAUGCGCGUUAAGAGAAUGGCUGAUGUAAUGUGAUUAAAAUGCAAUCGCGAUAAAUUUUGACAUGCUACUUCGGCAUGCAGAUUAGUUUCAUAAAUAGUUUCAUAUUAAUUAACGAGCUUUACAGAGAUAUUUCAUUAUGAUAUUCAAAAUAAAUACUGAUCAGAAAAUCAAAUCAGUUAAUUAAAAAUUACUUUUCUAAUAUUCUCUUUUUUUUUCCAUGAAACACAUUGUGCUAAUAUAUUGGAUUUUAGCAGUGUGGUUUUUAAAACAUAGUUAACUUAACGCUAAUCAAUUUAAUUAAUGAUUAACUCAAUAAGUACCAGCUUAUAGCAAAAUUUCUAGUUGUAUGUAUAAUUUUUUAUUUGUAAACUUUCUGUGAGUUGAAUGACAAAUUAAUAAUUAUAAUUAUUAAAAAGAAUAACUCUCUACAUUAAUAAAACUGUACAAUUUGUUUAUUGUUCAAGUUAAUUAUAAUUGGAUAAAGUUAUCUUAAGAUUACUUUUUCACGUAGAGAAAUGUAAAUAAUAAAAAAUCAAUUACAAUUGAAAA